GCUCCCGCCGCCAUUUUGGAGCGAGCGAUUCUGUGGUGGCCGAGCCCUCAGCCCCGGCGCUCGUUGACAGCGCAGCCCGGCCGGGGAGCGAGUCGCUGCCAGGCCCGGGGACGUGUCCCAUGUCUGCGGCCUUGCCGGCCUCUGCAGCCCAGGGAGCAGCGGGAGCGGAGCUACGGGCCCGCCGCCGGGGAAGGCCGGGCCCGGAGCAGGAAAAAGAGACCAGCGAAACUUCACAUUGAAAGAAAGCUUUUUUUUUUUUUUAAAGAUGAAUACACCCCGGGAACUGUAACCCAAAUGUUUCUCUGUCCGUGGAGAAGAUUUCAUUUUUGAAACAAGAUUUCUACGGAAGCUGGGUGUGUUCCAUCAUCAUGUUCUGGAAGUUUGAUUUGAACACAACAUCACAUGUGGACAAGCUGCUGGAUAAGGAAGAUGUGACACUGCACGAGCUGAUGGAUGAAGAUGACAUCCUACAGGAGUGCAAGGCACAGAACCGCAAACUGCUGGACUUCAUCUGCCAGCAGCACUGCAUGGAGGAGCUGGUUAGCCUCAUCACACAUGAGCCCCCCGUGGACAUGGACGAGAAGGUCCGCUUCAAAUAUCCGAAUACAGCCUGUGAACUCCUGACCUCUGAUGUGCCACAGAUCAACGACAAGCUAGGCGGAGAUGAAACUUUAUUGAACAUUCUGUAUGACUUCUUGCAUCACGAGCCGCCUUUGAACCCUUUGCUUGCCAGUUUCUUCAGCAAGACUAUUGGGAAUCUCAUUGCAAGAAAAACUGAACAGGUGAUUGGAUUUUUGAGAGAUAAAGACCAAUUUAUUAGCCUGGUACUAAAGCAUAUUGAUACAUCUGCAAUGAUGGACCUGCUGCUUCGUCUGAUCAGCUGCGUGGAACCAGCACCUCUACGGCAGGAAGUAUUAAACUGGCUUAAUGAAGCAAAAGUAAUUCAGAGACUUGUGGAGCUGAUCCAUUCGAGCCAGGAUGAGGAUAGGCAAUCAAAUGCUUCCCAGACCUUGUGUGAUAUCAUAAGACUGAGCAGAGACCAGGGCAACCAGCUACAGGAGAUAUCGGAGCCUGACCCGCUUCUCACAGCACUGGAAUCGCAGGAAUGCGUGGAGCAGCUUUUGAAAAACAUGUUUGAUGGAGACCAGACUGAAAACUGCAUAGUGAAUGGAACUCAGAUUUUAUUAACGUUAUUGGAGACAAGGCGCUCUGGAGUGGAGGGACUGAUGGACUCAUUCUCUCAGGGAUUUGAAAGGUCUUACACUGUCAAUAGCAGCAUCUUACAUGGUAUUGAACCACGGCUAAAGGAUUUUCACCAGCUUCUACUCAAUCCCCCUAAGAAAAUGUCAAUCCUGACUACAAUUGGUGUCUUGGAGGAGCCAUUGGGGAAUGCUCGUCUUCAUGGAGCUCGACUAAUAGCUGCUCUGCUUCACACAAACACUCCCAGUAUUAACUAUGAACUAUGCAGACUCAAUACCAUGGAUUUAUUACUUGACUUAUUUUUUAAAUAUACAUGGAAUAACUUUUUGCACUUCCAAGUGGAACUGUGUAUAGCAGCUAUUCUCUCACACUCAGUGCACGAAGGGAAAUCAGCAACAAAUGAUCUGGAAAAUAAAGAGGAGGUGCUGAAUGGGAAUGUGACCACAGAGGACUUGAAGACUCCAGACCUCAGUCCAGAGAAUAUUAUGGUGACACAUCUGUUCCAGAAGUGCUGCCUGUUGCAAAGGAUAUUGGAUGCCUGGGAAGUCAAUGACAAAAUACAGGCAGAAGGUGGAAUGAGGCGAGGGAAUAUGGGCCACCUUACCCGAAUAGCCAAUGCUGUGGUACAGAAUAUGGAGAAGGGCCCCAUGCAGACCCAGAUCAGUGAAUUCAUUAAAGAGUUACCUGAGGAUUGCAGAGGGAGGUGGGAGAGCUUUGUAGAAGAGACACUGAGAGAGACAAACCGGAAGAAUACAGUGGAUUUGGUGAGCACCCACCAUCUGCAUUCUUCCAGUGAGGACGAGGACAUCGAGAGCGCUUUCCCCAAUGAACUCUCCCUCCAACAGGCAUUCUCAGAGUACCAAAUCCAACAGAUGACAGCCAAUUUUGUGGAUCAGUUUGGCUUCAAUGACGAAGAGUUUGCAGACCAGGAUGACAAUAUCAAUGCACCUUUUGACAGGAUUGCAGAGAUAAACUUCAACAUAGAUGCGGAUGAUGACAGUCCAAAUGCAUCCCUCUUUGAGGCCUGCUGCAAUGAACGGAUCCAACAGUUUGAUGAUAAAGAGGAGGAGGAAGAUAUCUGGGAGGAGAAGGAAAUAACCUAUGCAACCCAAGUCAAAUCAAGAACACGGUUUGGAGUGUCUCAGACCUCAGAGAGUUCCUCAAAAAGUGAUCUAGAGAAUGGGGAUCAUGAUGGCAGUGUGGACUCAGAAGAAGAGGAAGAAACAGAAGAACAAACAACACCUCUCACCGAGAACACCAACAAGAAUAAUCCUUCUGAGCAGAAAGACUCUGACUCUACUGAAGGAUCUGGGUGGACAGCUGUGUUUGAGUCUGUGAAUUCAAACCCCCCGGCACCCUGUGUGGCCAUGGAUGUUGGAUCAAGUGUAUGGGAUUCAGCAGCACCAGAGACAGCCACUCCUGAGGAGAAAGGAUGGGCAAAAUUUACAGACUUCCAACCUUUUUGUUGCUCAGAAUCAGGUCCCAGAUGUAGUUCUCCUGUGGAUACAGAAAGCAGUGACUCAGAGGGAAACCCCAAGCAGGGUCAGGACAAGAACUUCAGCGCUGCCUCACCCUGCGUUUGGAAUGUCUGUGUGGCAAGGAAGGCACCUCUGGUGGCUUCAGACAGCAGCUCAUCUGGAGGCUCAGACAGUGAGGAAGAGGAGGAUAAAGCGGAUAUCGUCACAGAAACCAUCAGUACAGGCUCAGGCCAGGAAACCAUCAAACUCACCAUGGAUGCUAAGAAUGAGAAGGCUGUGUUCACCAGAAUAUUUAGACCUUCAGUCAGAGGUGAUGCAGACUGCCUGGUUAUUGACAAGCUGACCAUCACCGACAUGGGAACGACAAAGGUGUCCAAACCACUAAACAGCAUGCCCCAGCAUUCUGAGGAGCUCCACAACGCUGCAGCUGUCAGCAUGGCUGCCACAGAAAGCACAACAAAAGACAGGAAAGAGGAGGUCUUGCCAUGUGCUGAAGCCACAUUAAAUGGCCCUGCUUGAUGAAGCAAAUGCAGUGGGACAUGUCUGAUCCAGGCCAGGCUGCUACCUGGUGAUGCAAUUUGUCAGUUUUUUUCAUUUUAAUUUUAUUUUUUAAUAAAUGCUGCAUUGAUGAG